AUGAUUGAAAAGAACCCUCCUCAGUGUGAGAUUGCUAUUGAGUGCCAAAAAUGUUUAGAAGAAUUAUUGGAUGAGGUAGAAGAGUCUAUAACUACAGAUUUUAUGUAUACUAUAGUUUCUAAACAAUAUUCAUUUGACAUAAACUUUUCUAAAAAAAUAGGUUCUUAUUUUCCUUUAAACAUAAAAGAACACACAUUUUAUAUGAAUAAUGUAGUAGUUAAUUCUCAACAAAUAAUAAGUAUAAAUAAUCAGACUAAAAUGCAGUCUGAAAGUAUACAAUGGAAAUAUAUUAGACAGAGUAGAAUUUCAGCAAGUGUUAAAGCUCAUCGAAUAAAAAUUUGUAAAGACCUGUCAUUUGAAAAUCAAGAAAAAUUAGCUACAUCUUUAUUAAUUGAUAAAGAAUUGGGAUAUCAAGGUAAAAUUAAUGUGGCAUAUGGCAACAAAUAUGAAAAUGAGGCAAUCAAGUAUUAUAAUACAAAGUUUAAUAAUACUAUUCUUAAAUGUGGAGUUAUAGUACAUUCUCAAAAACCAUGGUUGUGUGCAAGUCCUGAUGGUAUUGUAAUUAAAAAUAGGACUGUUACAAAAGUACUAGAAGUUAAAUGUCCUAUUUCUUGCCAAUCCAAACCAAUUUGUGAUCCUGAAAACCAGAAAUGUAAUGUUCCAUACUUAAAAUAUAGGAAUCACCAAAUUGUCUUGAGUACUACACAUCAAUAUUACACCCAGUGCCAAAUAUUAAUGUAUUGUUGUGGCAUAAGUGUAUGUGAUUUAUUGGUUUACAAUAAAAUUGAUCCAGUUGUAAUUAACAAUGAAAAAAAUAUUUUAUUUUUACAAACAAUAUUGCCAAGACUUGAAUUUUUUUAUUUUAACUUUUAUUUACCAAAAUACAUUUUUAAAUAA